AUGGGCGAGAAACUUCUACCUUGGCCUGAAGCACAUGUCUCCCCUUCAACGCUGGCGUUGCAGCAACCGAUCGAGGAAGCCCAGAGUGCCUUUGACAAGGCGGCCCCGCGAAUCUUCAGCCCAGCCACCUCGGGGUAUUUUCGCGUCCAGGUGGGAGAGGUCGACGACACAGGGCUCAGAAGCUGCGUGCUCGAGAAUGACUGCGCGGUGGCUGAAUACCUCAAUACUUCACACGACAUCGACAAGACCGAGAGCCCUGUUUCCUUCCCCGGGGCCGUGCCAUCAUCGCCGAAAUCUACAUUCUUUCUCCUGAAUCCCACGUUCGGCUGGGGACGGCUGAUGCUGUCGGAGACGAGCAUGCGCUCCAUACUGCGACAUGUCCACGCGUUUCCCGCCUUCCUGAAACAUUUGACCGCGUUCGGCGAGAAAGGGUUUGCUCGAGACGAAGGCUUCGCCGCAUAUGACAUCCAGGAGCACUUCAACGGCCUUCACGAACGUCAGGGCCUAGAAACUUGCUUUCUGUGGAAGUAUAUACAGCAUGAUGACGGGACUGCCCAACACCCAUGGACCAUUCGUCAGGCCCUCGUCUAUCAGAACUUCUCGUGCACAACGCAGACGAGCACAAAUAUACUCAUCAGGGCGCCUCUCCAGGUGACGAAUCUCCUGAAGCACAAUUUCAACACCUCUGCAGAGUCUCGAGCAUCGACAGUGGCAGAGUGGCUGGGAGUGCAAAAGGUCUGCAUAUCGUGCGGGACAGAGGAGUGGCGGCAGGCUUUAAACUAUUAUGACGAGCAGAUAACCAAGCUGUUCGAUGAGCUGGUUAUGUUUUCAAUCGAGACCGAGACGGCCGGCGAUUCCAAAAAGGUUCAACAAUGCGUAAGUUCCAUGAAGGAACUUACGCACCUCGUAGACCAGCUGUUGAGAAUAUCGCACAUGCUGGGCCUGAACUCUAGGAUCAUACACUCCAUGAUGGACGCCGCGCGCAGGUACGAGAGUGCAGAGCGUCGCGAUGCGUUUCUUAUCUUCGCCGAAACCGUGCAGCUUCAGUAUGACUUUCUCCGACAAUUGACAGAGUCAUUGUUGGCGCGUGGAAACAACUUGUCACGCCAGUUGCGGGAUAUCAUUGCUUUCCGAAACUCGGAGCUCAACAACAGAAUCGCAAAUGCGACAAGCACUAGCACAGGGGCAGUGGUAGAACUUACGCUGAAAAGCUCUCACGAAGCCCGUAUAGUCAAGGUGCUCACAGUGGUGGCCUUGAUAUACGUGCCCGCCUCAUUCGCUGCUGACUUUUUGCAGAUGGGUUACGUCUCGGUGGACGAAGACAGAAAUUUCCACAUCGUGGCAAGCAUGGACGUGUGGCUCUGGGUCAUUAUAGCCUUCCCACUGAUCCUACUCGCUCUCUCGGUCCUGUUUAUCUGCGAAAUUCUGGGAAGGAGGAAAGUCGGCAGGGCAGCGAAUCCAAACACAACCGUCUUCACUAACAUCGUCUGA